AUGGUUCGCCAGGUGUCCGGCAGGCACAGAAGAAGGCUGGAAUCGACAUUGCGCAACCCGGCAGCCUCCCCCGGCGCGAGCAGCUCCGCGUCAAGGGGAGAGAACACGGCCACUCCUGGCUCUCCUGGCUCUCCCAACACCGAAGUCAGUGCGCUGGUGGCCAACAUCAUGCAGGAUAUGCGGGACGCGCCGGUCGGCCGCCUGCGACACCCACGGCUUGGUGAUGCUGGGCGCCUGGCGGCUGAUGCCCUCGCUCCAGAGACGUUGCUCCCGCCUGAGGGGAGCAGGCGCGGGGGCGGUAGUGGGCCGACACCUGAACCGCAGCGCUCACCCGCGAGCGGGGUGCGUGGCGUUCCGAGGCCGCGGACACUGCGCUAA